AAGUAAUUGCAAGCGUAAAAACCUCGUUAUUUCCAGUGUUACCAGCAUUCGCGCUCUAUUAGACGGUAGUCACAUGACAAAAUCAUCGAUGCACGAAAUCUUGUCACGCCUGAUUACCUUUUCUUCAUUGUUUGCUCACAAUCUACUUUCGUUGCAUGAUGUCGACUUCCCCGGUGAUGAUUCCCCCAAAGUCAUAAUUUAUUCAAAUCCCACGAACUGGUGACGAUCGUGACAACUUUAAGGGAUGUUUCGCUAAGUUUGAUAAAGCUGGUUCUUCCACAAACAAGGAGUUUGCAUGGGGUGGAUGCCAGGGAAAUCUUCCAGCAGUUAUCAGGAAGUUCGACGCUUAACUUUCAAUCGAGUGAUUCAUGUACGUUGCACACCGCUAUGGCUUUCAAGAGUUGUUCUCGUCUUCUCAACCACCUCCAUACUCGCCACACGAGGCGCCCUUUCACCCCAGAAAGUGCUUGGUCAUCAAACGCAUGGCUGAUCGGGGAUGACCAGACAAAAUAUUUGUCGUCAAAUUGGAGGCGACGUAAAAUGAAGCCGGAUAAUCUGGCAGCUCACAUGGCAGACCCCCUUGAUGAAGAUCUCCCCAUGACGGCAUCGGAAGCUCAACAACUAACCGUGCUCACUAAUCUACCGUUCGUUGUCCCGUUCCAAACCAGGGUUGGGAUAUUUACUAAUAUGCUGAGUCAGGAUCGGUUGUCACGGGAAUCCGACCGUGAUGUCAUAAUGCAUGACGCGGGACUUGCUGAGUCAUCAAAAGUUAUCCACGUUAAAGUUCGACGAGAUUUUCUUUACGAGGAUUCGUUUAAUGAUUUGUCUAGUCAUAAUGCCCCCGAUUUACAUCGUACCUUGCGUGUCACGUUCAUCAACCAAGCUGGGGCCGAGGAAGCGGGGUACGGGGCCGGGGUAACACGGGAAUUCUACCAACAGUUGGUGCGUACAUCGUUCCAACCUGGGAGGGGGUUGUUUAAGUUAACGGACGAUCGGGAGUUGUACCCGAACCCCAACGCUGAUCAUGUCGUCGAGAACAUGAGUCAGCAUUUCUAUUUCCUUGGAAGGCUGCUAGGGAAGAUGAUUUACGAAGGGAUGCAGAUUGAACUCCCGUUCGCCGCUUUCUUUCUAUGCAAAUUAUUGCAACCGAAGAACGCCGACGUCGACAUUAAUCAUCUCCAAUCGCUCGAUCCAGACUUUUACAGAAACCUUAUGUUCCUCCGGUCACACGAGGGCAACGUUGCUGACCUUGAUUUGAACUUUACGGUCGUUGACGAUAAGUUUGGGGCGACACGGGUCACCGAACUUGUGCCUGGGGGUCAUGACCUUCCCGUAACCAACGAAAACCGUGUCAGGUACAUUCACUUGCUCUCGAACUACAAACUUAAUGUUCAAAUGCGAGUCGCGGUUGAUCGAUUCCGUGACGGACUCUCCAACGUCAUCCCCCUCGAGUGGUUGCGUAUGUUUGACCACCGGGAGUGCCAGACCAUAAUAUCGGGGGCGGAGGUUCCGAUAAACGUCAACGAUAUGAAGGAUAAUGCUGCUUAUUCAGGUGGCUACACACCUGAACAUCCAACAAUCGAAAUAUUCUGGAAUGUUUUACGUAGUUUUACUGAGGAUGAGAAACGAAAGUUCUUACUUUUCGUUACAAGCUGUUCUCGACCCCCCUUGUUAGGGUUCAAGGUUCGUUGUUUAAUUACUUAUUACUAUCUUGUUUGUAGUUGGAUUCAGUUUGGCUUUAUAUAAACACAUGGAGUAUCC